AAAUAUGUAAAAUUUGUCAUGAUAUAAAAUAUGUUCUGAGUCGGAACUUCUGUCUUCUGUGGUUCUGUAAUUUUGUUCCUUGCUAGUUGCUAGUGUCAGUUAGAAGUGUCUAGAAAAUAUAUACCGUGUCAGUUUGUCUCCUGUGGCUUAAAAAUAAUUAAUUUUACCAUGCACACGAGAAAUAUUCAUUAAAUUACAAAUUAGAUAAUAUUUUGAUACUAAAAUAUAAAUGCUAAAAAUUCUUCAGCCGUGGGCCAUGGCAUGUAAACUUACAUUAAAUGCUUUUCUCUUAAAUCUUAAAUCUUGAAUCUUCACACUUCAGUCCAUGACAAAGUGACUAUGGUGAUAUAAAGUAUAGACUUUUUGAAUCAAUACAAUAUUAGUAAUAAUUGAUAAUGACGUCAGCUUCCAGCACAAGUGCUAGAUCCCUUUUUGGCGAUUCCAAAAAUUUGUUGAGUGAACGGGUUAAGUUAAACAUUAAUAAUAUGUCAUCAGUUAUCAAGCAAAUCCACAGAAGUUCCAAGAGCCAUGAAAUGUUAAAUCAAACGGUCAAAAGUCUCUCAUUGCUUGAAUCUAAUAUUGACCGUACUGAACAUAAUCUAAAUCAAUUGAGAAACGUUUCUACCAAUUUCAACCAACAAUAUGGGGAACUCAAAAGAUCCAUACAACUUAUUGAAGAAGUAAAGGAACAUGUACAAACUAUGCAAAGAUAAAUAUAUAUAUAUUAAACUAAUUGUUAGUAGAUGCAUAUUCAAAUUUGUGAAUUCAUUUAAAUAAUGUAAUAACUGUUAACUUCUCCAGGGGAAAUAACGUCAAAAAUCGAACCCGAGUCUCUCGCUUGCCAGGCGAUUGCUUUACCACUGAGCUACCCGACCGCGUAGAGUAGACCCAUGACGCUAUCUCCCCCAGUUAACGGGAGCUUACAUAACUCAUUAAAUAAUAAUGUUAAGCCAAUUUAAUUUUUUACAUUUUUAAUUUUGUGUAUGGAAGUAUAAAUAAUAUAUACACAUACAUUUAAAAUGAAGAAAUAUUUGUUUUAUUAUCUACUUUUGUCUUUUUACUCCUACUUUCUAGUAAUUAAUGUAAAAAAUUGUUUAAAAAUUGUGACAAAUACAUACUAGGGCGCCACACCCACAUGCGUUCUCUGUCUUACAAACGUAUAACAUAGCAAAUUGUACUUGCGGCAGAUCUGUUAGUUUAAAAAUUAGAGUGAAUUGACCUAUAAGUGUAAAUGAAAGAUUUUAAUAAACUGGGUUAAAAAUCUAAAA